UAAUAUAACUUUCAACAACAUUAUCUUCUUCUUAUCUAUACUUUCACACUAUUUUAUUUGAAUCCUUUACUCCACCGAGUUCCAUUCAACAAUUGGAAUUCCUGGGUUUAGAAUUGAUAUUAACGGUUUUUCCCUAAUAUCCAAAUUCCCUGUUACAGAAGUUGAGCUUCAAGAACAAAUACACCCACACUCAACUCGUUUCUUCAUUCUCUUCACAAUCUCUUUCCGUCGAUCACCACAAGCACUGUCACACCAAAUUACCAAAAAGCCCUCGAGAAAAAGCAAUCUGAAACAUGAGUAGAGGAAGCGGAGGUGGAUACGAUCGUUACAUCACUAUUUUCUCCCCCGAGGGUCGUCUCUUUCAAGUCGAGUAUGCUUUCAAGGCUGUUAAGUCUGCUGGUAAUACCUCGAUUGGCGUAAGAGGAAAAGAUUCGGUUUGUGUGGUUACUCAGAAAAAGGUUCCGGACAAGCUGUUGGACCAGACAAGUGUUACACAUCUCUUUCCCAUCACAAAGUAUCUUGGUUUACUGGCCACUGGCAUCACGGCUGAUGCCAGGACACUAGUUCAACAAGCAAGAAAUGAAGCAGCUGAGUAUCGCUUUAGAUAUGGAUAUGAGAUGCCUGUGGAUGUGCUGUCUAAAUGGAUUGCAGACAAAUCACAAGUCUAUACUCAACAUGCUUCUAUGAGACCACUUGGAGUAGUUUCUAUGGUAUUGGGUAUUGAUGACGAAUAUGGGCCCCAACUUUACAAAUGUGACCCUGCUGGUCAUUACUUUGGUUACAAGGCCGCAAGUGCUGGAUUGAAAGACCAAGAGGCCAUCAAUUUCUUGGAAAAGAGGAUGAAGAAUGACCCUUCGUUUACCUAUGCGGAGACAGUUCAGACUGCCAUUUCUGCCUUGCAAUCAGUUCUUCAAGAGGAUUUUAAGGCCACUGAGAUUGAGGUUGGAGUUGUGCAGAUGGAUAAUCCAGAAUUUAGAGUUCUGUCCACCGAGGAAGUUGAUGAACACUUGACUUCAAUAAGCGAGCGUGAUUGAGUUCUCCAGACUUUUUCAGUUUAGAUUAAUCAAUUACCUGUUGUGUGGGAUCAUUCAAUUGAUUUUGUUAUGAUAUUUGAAUAUAUCUAGUUGCCAAAAGAUGAAGUUGAAGAUUAUAUUUGCUAUUAUUACAAGUUGGAGCUUAACCAUUGUUUGAUUCAUAUGUUGGCAAUUACACUCUGCUUGAGUUGAACACAUAGACAAGGGUCCGCUAAACCGGAGAAAAACCGCUUUGAACCGGUGAGAACCGGGAAAACUGGUGAACCGGAAAAACCGGCCGGUUCUGUCAUAUGUUGGCAAUUACUACCUAUGACAGUCCUAUAUUUUGAUUUGUUCCUUCAUUCUAUUAGUUUUUGGACAAACUCUUAAGUAAAUGAAUUCCCACAAUCGAUCCUAUUUUUUUUCUCUUUAUGUGUGACA